CUUCCUUCACGUGAUUUCGAGGAAGAGGAACGGUGACACAACGGCCCGCAGCAGCUGGGGAACUGCCGGCUCCUCCUCCAGCGGGAGGGAAAGCGAAAGCAGAAGCCGGCGGCCGCGGGAGGGAGGGAAUGGAGAGGCAUCCCGAGGGGAGCUCCGCAGGGCCCGCCGCCGUCCCGCCACCUCCGCAGGUUCUAAUGGAUUUAUCAAGCCUGCCGAAUUCUUUGGAAGAUAAUGGUUUUUAUGUGACAACUCCUGACCCUUCUGACAUACCAAAAGAUGAGAUGGAAAGUCUUAAACAAGAACUGGAGAAAUGGAAGGAAAGACUUGAAAAAGCUGAAAAAACAAAAGCUGACCUUCAACUCUGCAAAUUAAGUGCUGACAAAGAAUAUGUGGAAAUAGAGCAUGAGCUGACAGAGCUAAGGGAUGCUCAAGAGAAACUUGAUAAAGAAAGUGCUAUGUCUAUGGCCGUCUAUGAGGCAGAACUUUCUGUGCUAAACCAAGAGAACGCUGAGCUGAGGAGAGAGAUUGAGAAGCUCAAACAAGACCUUGCAGAAUGUUCUUCAGUGCUUUCGCAGGAUGGUAAGAUUAAAAAAAAGGUGGCAGAAAUGAAAGUAGAGUUCACUCACCUGGAAGACACAGAGGGUAACUUUCCGGACAUGAAUACUCGCUGCGUUUUUUCUGUAACAGCAAGAAUCCCAUUCAAACUGAAUCAAAACCAAGCACUGCUUACUUUGGAAGAUGAAGAAGUUGCCCAGAGACUGACAAAAAUGGGUAAGCAUACUGUGAACCUGGACAGAAAAACAGCAGAUGUGAAAGUGGUGCCUUUUACAGUUGGAAUGGGAGUCAAAUUUGAGCUCCACGUCACUAUUUCUGGAAAGAAGAUCAAUGUUUCAGAAAUCCCUGAGCUAUCAAUUCCUGAGGAGUGGAUGAGAGACAAAUUAGAGCUGAAUUUCUACAAAUCUGUACAUGGAGGAGGAGAAGUAGAAAAUGUAAAAUAUGACAAGAAGUCUAGAACAGCUGUUAUUACGUUCACUAGACCUGGAGCCACUGCCAGCAUUGUGAGAUAUACUAAAUACCCUUUCUAUGUCAAUGGAAGGAGCCACAGGCUUUCUGUAUCCCCAAGCACUGAUGUACACUUGGAAAAGCUUCAGCUCUUUUCUGGUUUUUCUACCAAGACCAUUCUACUGAAAGGAAUUAAAGACACUGAAGAUGAUGAGGAAAGCGUGCAGGAUAUGAUUGAAAUUCAUUUUCAGAAGCCUAGUAAUGGUGGUGGGGAAACAGAGAGUAUCAAAUACGUAUCGAAAGGAGCUGCCUGGGUUUGUUUUGAGGAGGAUGCCAUAUAGAAGACUGUAGAUCUAUCUCAGAAGUUCUGAACUUUUGCUUCAUCAGAGGGAUUAAGCUACACUAAUAGUUCUUGUAUAACUGUGCUUUAAUGUUUAGAAAUUGAAAAAGAGGGACUACCUUUCUGAUUUCUUUAAUGGCAUCAAGUUUGAACAGAAAUUCACUAAAACUUAACACGUAGUGUUCCAGGUGUUGCUGAUGAAAGUCAUGGAGAAAGCCUUCAUCUGCACACGUAACUUAAUCUAAGAUUGCUUCUUGCAAAUUUGCAGAUUUUCUAUCUUGUAAAUUUUAACUGGAUUUAUGCCACUUUAGAGUAUGCAACCUAUUCCGUCUUAAAUUUCCAUUACAAAAGCCAUUCAUAACCACAGUGUAAAGCAUCUUCACAGACCCACAGUUCUGGGGGGCUUUAUUGGUGUGUGCCAACAUAACUCAAAUACUUGAAAGCAACUAUUACGUAAUUGCACAAUAUAUACAUUAUUGAGUUAGUGAUAAAGCUACAACAGUAGUGAUAUGUGUUUAUAACCAACAUAUACAUGCUGGAGGUGAAAGAAGAGCACAAAAAUACCAAAGAUUUCCCUAUGAACUUGCAACUUGUGAGAAAAGACACAUCAGUAAUGCUGCUUUUAGCUGUCAACGUGCUGGUACCUCCUUGAUCCUCCCUCUACAAUCUGAUCCAAAUGCUGCUGAGCUUCUGAUGAGUUAACAGCUUGGUAUAUUGAUCGUUUUUAAUAUUUUUUUCCGCACUGGCGUUUUUGUUGCUUUAUUUUUCCAGCGUAAAAUCUUACCGUUGUGAAAUCAGACGACUGUUUAAAACAAGUUGCUUCAGAGCAGAGCUGGAGAAACAAUGUGAACGUGGGGCCUGCUCUGGGAGGGUACGCGUUAGGGGGGGCAUUUGGAAAAGGCACAGAGGGUUUAGGGGAAGUUAUUUUCUGCAAGUAAACUUCUCCUUCUGUUUCCAGUUCUGACUCUAAAAGACCUUUGAAAUAAAAAGGAAGUGCAAAAGCAGA